AUGAACGAUCGAAGCAGCCAUGAUCCACCAGGAUUGCUGCAGUCGAAUAGUACGCCGACUGAUGAAGUGAGGCAAAUUUCGAGAAGUGUGGCAGAUGCCCUUCACAAAAUGCCGUCAGCGAUGGAAGACGAGCGCUUACCGAGUAACUUCCCUCCUCAGCAUGCAUCCACACCAUCGAGAAGAUUUACUUCGAAAACCACCGAUGAUCGGGAUAAGGUUUCUCCCAGCAUCAGUGCACCGACCGAUCCUGUGGCAAAUGAUGUCCUCUUCGGAAAAGGCCGAAAGAAACAUCCAGGCAACAAAAUGCUACGAGAAGUCAUGGAUAACCUGGAACAACAAUACGAAGAAGCCAGCAAGCAACGGAAAAUGGAGCUGACCUGCGUCAUUGUGCAAUCUAUGAAAUGGUCAGGGUCGAGAUUUCUAGUUCAAGAGGACGAUGGCCAAUGGUAUCAAGUGCCCUACAUUCAUGCCCAUCGCAAGGUUGCCAAAGACUUUCGGAAUCGACGACGUGGUUCUAAAGCGCAGCAGAACCAAAACAACAGCGAUACGAGCUUGGAAGUUACUUCGCUACGACUAUGA